AGGAGCGGCGGAGCGGAGAGGCGGAGGAGCGGAGGGGCGGGCGGCCCCUCCGCACUGCGCGGCCCCUCCGCGGUCUCUCCACACUCCGCGGUCCCUGGGUCCCCUGCGCUCUGCAGUCUCUCCGCACUCUGCGGUCUCUCCGAACUCCGCGGUCUCUCCGAACUCUGCGGUCCCUCUGCACUGCGCGGUCCCUCCGGGGCCGCGGCGCCGAGCAGCGCUCAGCGAGGCUCUGCAUUGACGUCACAAUGACACGGUGAAGCUGAAGGCAGGAGCUGGGAACAGUUCUUCUGCUUCACUUUUGGUGACUGAGUGAGUUUGCCAGCGCUGUGUUCCUUCCAGCAUGGCCAAGAGUGCAGAGGUGAAGUUGGCGAUCUUCGGUCGAGCUGGCGUGGGCAAGUCAGCUCUCGUGGUGCGCUUCCUGACCAAGAGGUUCAUCUGGGAGUACGACCCAACGCUAGAGUCGACAUACCGUCACCAAGCUACCAUUGAUGAUGAAGUGGUUUCCAUGGAGAUACUAGACACAGCUGGCCAGGAGGAUGCCAUUCAGAAGGAAGGACACGUGCGAUGGGGCGAGGGCUUCGUGCUGGUUUACGACAUCACGGACAGAGGCAGCUUCGAGGAAAUGCUGCCGCUUAAGAACUUGCUGGAUGAGGUUAAAAAGCCCAAAAACGUCACCCUGAUCCUGGUGGGGAACAAAGCAGACUUGGAUCACUCCAGGCAAGUCAGCACGGAGGAAGGUGAAAAGCUGGCCACAGAACUUGCUUGUGCUUUUUACGAGUGCUCUGCUUGCACAGGAGAGGGGAACAUCAUGGAGGCUUUCUACGAGCUCUGCCGGGAGGUGCGGCGCCGCAAGAUGGUCCAGGGCAAGACUCGGAGGAGAAGCUCCACCACCCACGUCAAGCAGGCCAUUAAUAAGAUGCUCACCAAAAUCAGCAGCUAAAAAGGAGCUGUCCUGAGGCAGAGGAGCAUUUUAGAGAGUAUUAGCUUGGAGUAGGGAUGGGGCAAGCAGAGCGCGUUUAGUGAGAAAUGGUCAAAUCUUUGCAAUGAGGAAAUAAAAAAGCACCAAAAAGACAAAGGCCACCACUUUUUUUGAGUAACACAUACUAUUUUCCUGUUUUGAAAUGUAUUUAGCCACACUGCUUCUGACUAAUGUGGGGGAAAAUAAAAACACCAAGGGAAAAAAAAAAGAACCAAACACCAAAUGAACUCCAAAGGACCAGACAAUUGUGGGGAUUGGCAACCAAGAGAGAAUCUUCUGCUUCUACGUGGCUAGCUCCAAUCCCCUGCAAGUCAGUAGUGCCUAAACAUCAUUUCCAGCCAGCCAGCUGCUCAGUAGCCAUUGGAAAGUAAGAUUCAGCCCUCAGUCCAUCAAUAACCAUCACAACUGCUGUUCUCCAGGACUGAAUAUGUGUAGAGGCUGCUGUGCUGAAUCAGAAAGUUCACCUGACACCUUCACCAGCUCUAAGUUGUUGGCUCAUUGUAUGCUUUCACUCCUUCCUUGUUAUUUUUGUCAAAUCCAUGAGUGUUCUCAGCAAGGUAUGCAGAAAAUACAGGAAAGGUCGAUUUCCUGGAGUGUUUAGUCAGCUAGACACACAUUUCAAGAGAGCUGGAGUUCCAGCUGCUCUGAAACUGCAGAAUUCUCCAGAAAUAAUCAGCUAGUCCAGCAGCAUUUCAGCAUUUCUCCCUCAAAGUGCAGUACUGUGCUUGGGGAAGUGGGAGAAGACGUGUUGGGAGAUCAAACUGAAAAAGAACAAAAAAAUAAUCAUAUUACUAUUGAUUUAGCUAUGAGUAGUUUUAGCUUUUUUUUUUUUUGGGAGAGGGGGAGGGUCUUUUUUUUCAAUUCAAGUAGUUCCUCAUAGUCUAUCUUAUACAAAAGACCUGAAUCCUUGGGAAGGCAAGUAUUUGAAGUCUAAGCCCAAAUGUAAAUCAGAUAUGAAUGGCCUCUACCAUACCAAAAGACCAUAAUUUCCAGCUGUUUAAACUUCCAGAUGCUGCUUGGAGCACUCUGGGGCUUAAAGCAGUGCAGGGUUUUUGUGACUUUUAUCUGGAAACCCAUUUUAUCAGAUUUUGGUGUCUGGGAUAAAAGGUGUCCAGUUUUUUCCUUCUCCCUCAUAAACCAGCUGCCAAGUUUUACCUCCUGUCCAGUUUGUUAACUGCUAAAAGAUGCAAGAACCAAGAGUGGAAUCUUUUCAUUCAGAUUGUGCUGGUCUCCCAGCAGUGGUGCUGCAUCCCUUCAGAAGCACAGCCAGGGGCUGGGAUGACAAAUUAACAGUGCUCUCCUUUGAGGAACAGGACCUUUGCAGCAUUUACUUACAACUUUAUCCUCCACUGCUUUGUACUUCACAUGGUUAUUUGGGAGGAGGUAACUCCCAAAAGCUGUCAAAUGUUUGCCACAGAAAAAGGAAAGUGAGUAAAGUGAAUAAAUCUAACUGGCCAUCACUCUGUUGAGUUAUAGGUAGCCAUAUAGGUGGUGGAACAGGCUGAAGAGGCAGAUCUGUAUAUCCCUGUGAACAGAAAAAAGUUCCAAAUUAGGACUUCUAUUAAAAUAAUUUACUUAAGGAUAUUUUACCAAAGUAACUUGUUUUUAAAACUUUCACUUUUACCCAGCCAGCAAAGAACAUCACAUUCAGAUGUAUAUUUUAUUUGGGCUGUUGUUUGUUUUCUCUGCUUCUGUAUCCUGGGUGGUAAAAAAAGUCAUUUCACUGUCCUGGAAUUAGUGUCUAUAUUUUGUCCCUCAUGUUCACAUGUGAUGCUGUACAUCAGCUGGACACACUGCAGGGGAAAUUUCACAGUGUAAUUCUGGGCAGGGGGUCCUUGCAACAGGCCUCUGUGACACACUUGUUCCCAAACUACUCAUCUUAUCAUCAACUUUUUUUAAAAAGAAAAAAAAUACAAAAAAAAAAAAAAAAAAAAAAAGAAAAAAAGAAAAAUAGAGGAUUUUCCAUUUUUAGUCCUAUUAGAAAUGUAGAAUCAAUCCAAGUGUAAAAGAGCGAGCUAGUGCCUGUUCACAAACCAGAUUUCUUUAGCUUUAGGGACUGAACUUGCAAACAAUUCAGUUACAUUAGGAGCCAGAGUGAGCAUUUGCAAGUUGAAGCAUUAAAGUUCUGUUAUCUUUCAAAUCAGUGCUGGUAUCUGAAGUAAAGAAAAUCCUUACCUGCAAUCCCAAGGCAACGUAGCCAAGUCUUUACUCUGGUAUGCAAAGCAAUUCAUUCAUCCCUCUUAGAAAACUUCAGCAGUUCUUUUAUCUGAAAAACCUUUCUUGGGGCUCAGGUUGGAGCUGCAUUUAAAAUACAAAAAGGUUAUAAAUGAAUGAUAAGACAAACUAAUUAAUCAUAUUCAUGCUAGAAGAGUUGAAAGGAAAGAGAGGCUGAGUUAUGACCCUCAUACUUUCCAAAAGAUUUGCAGCAAAUUAUAUCUUCUUUUAUAAAGUCUGUGUGGACAAAUUAUAAAAUGCUGGUGAAAAUAAAACGUUCCACUGUGCAAACAUCUCUUGUUACAUAAAGAACCUACAAUAAAAAUAGUAACAUUCCUUUUCAAGGACUGAAUUUGAAAACUGCCAAACAAGAUAAACACUUGGUCAAAAAGGAGGCUGCCAUUUUGUCACCUUUCCUCUAAAACAAACACAAACUUCUUCACUUAAUUGCUCAUUAAUUUUCUUCCCUCAAAGCCAGUUCUACUGUGCUGCAUUUUAACCUGUUGAUAUGCAUUACAUAGCGUGAAAUGCAACUUGAUUUCCUGCUGCUCACAAUGUUGCAAUUACUGGAUAUAUUUUAAAUCUGUCCUAUUUCCACAAUGUGCAAAUUGAGCCCAAAAUUGCCCAAGCAUUGAAAAGGCUGAGUGCAGCAUGAAACCACAUUCAGUAGCCUUUCUGCAGCAGACACCAACAGAUUAAAUUCUGUUUCUCCUGCUGCUAAAUGUGUGUAUGUGACACUAACAUUAAAUUUCUCUCCUCUGCCUGCGACCAUUCCUGCGGAGAGAGGAUGGGAAGGAUGCGAAACAAAAAACUGGGAGUAAAGGUGAAAGGGAUACUUGUUACCUGCAACAAGUUGAUUGUCACUUAUGAAGUUUUUUAAAAUAUUUAUCUUCAAUUGAUGAAGAGUUAGUCAUGCCCGUGCUGCAAGACCUGGAUCAGGACCCAAAACUUCCCUAGAACUUUGAGAAUCUUCAUUAUCUGGGGGUUUGGUGCAACUACAGAUGGAAGAGAGGAUCAGCCACUGGGUUUGCACCUGGAUCCAGACAGGUUGUCCCCAGCCUGGGGAUAGUUGGAUCUGGCAGUUUGCUACAAGGCUAGUUGAUUUUUAUAUAUAUAAUGAUCUGUAUGCAUUUUUACAUUAAAAAUAUGAAAGCUUGUGCUUGUAGAUAAUAUAUAAGGAAAACAAAAUAAAAAAGAAAAUGAAAAUACAGUGUUUUCUGUACUGAA